AUGGCAGGCUUCGGCCAACUGGCUGGGCUGCCGGAGAUCGUGCGGGACUCUCAGCUCCCCGCAACGUUCCGCUGGGAGGGCCAGCAGCAAUUCACUAUCCACACUCAGGGCGCAAGUCGGCGCGCCAAACAGAGCCAGGAAGUCUGGGCGCACAUAGGCACAUUGGGCCAGGGGGGAUUUGGAUCGGUCGAGCUGCAGGCCAAGCAGUCUAAGCGGGCUGGGCAGACGAAGGAGCUCCGGGCGGUCAAGUCUAUCCGGAUCCCAGAGGAUGAGCUGAAUGAAAACCGCGAGUUCUAUGUGAGGGAGCUUGAAGCCAUCGUCAAGUUUUCGCAAGCACGGUAUGGCGAGCUCUUUGUCAAAUCAUAUGGAUGGUUUGCGUCCCAAGGUGUCCUCCAUAUCGCCAUGGAGUAUUGUGAGCUAGGAGAUCUACAGAGAUACCUGUUCAAGAAGUGCCAGGAUAGACGAUUGCCUGAAAAUCAGGCUCACGAAAUUGCUUCCCAAGUGCUCGACGCCUUGACGAGGAUGCAUGAAGAGAAGUUUGCGCAUCGCGACCUCAAGCCAGCGAAUAUUGUGAUUAAAAGCCACCCACCCAGCCAUCCGUGGGUGGUGAAAGUGGCAGACUUCGGCAUCAGCAGACGAGAUCAAGGCACAACAAUGAAUCCAACAACUAGUGUGCGAGGUACGGGCUCUUUCAUGCCGCCAGAGCUACUCGGUUUCAGUGGUGAAAACACCAGGGCUGUGGACCUUUAUGCAGUUGACAUGUGGUGCUACGGAGAAACCUUGUUCAGGAUGCUGACGGGUGGCGGUACAUUUGAAAAGCCAGCGGACUUGUACGGGUAUUAUUUUGGCCACGUGAAAUUCCCAAGAGCUGUUCUCGAGCAGAUCCAACUGAGCCCUGCGGUGAUCGACUUCCUGCAAUCUCUGCUUACCUGCGACCCAGCACAACGUCUCACAUCGGAAACGGCGUUAGAUCAUUCGUGGAUGGAAACAGAUUUUCACGGUUCAGAUGCAUCAUCUCGCAGAGCAUCCCGUCGCCUAUCUUCAACCAAACCAUUAGAUAGUAUCGACCCUUCCACAUUGGAAAAUACCAUUGUGCAGAUGGCCGAGACAGACAACACAGACGCCUCAGCCUCCUGGACAGAAAACUUCUCGCAGAUGCAUCUCGACGAUUAUCAGCAGAGCAAUUCAUUGCAGCAACAGACGGUAUUUCACUCAAACAGCCAUCCUGCUACAUACUCGUCCAAAGUACCAGGCGGCUCUAAAAAUACUCCAAUUUUCAAUCCCGAAGAGAAUCGUCCAGGCUUGCCGACCUUCAACGUGUCUCCUGGGAACAGCAGGGCAUCAAACCAAGGUGAUCUGCUGGAAGACACUGCAGCGUCUUUAUCUUGGACUUCCGCCUUCCCAACGAGUCAAACCCUUGAAGGAAAAGGGCCUUUGGCUAGCAUGGACACAUCCCAAGUUCAACCUAUACAAACAUCUUUUACAUCCCCAGUCUUUUCCACAAGUCAAAGAAAGGCUCAGAUUAGUCCUACCCCUGAAGACGAAUCAGAAGCUACGUUAGUCCCAAACCCGAACUCGCAAACCAGAUUCGAGGCCAGUGACGUGGGAGUAUUUGAUGAAGACCUUUAUCCUUGGACUCAAAAGUCGGCCCCCAUCUCCCACAGAGAAGACUCGGGGUUGGCAGGCAUACCCCAGAAUCCACCACAUUUAGAUGACAUUACGCAAGGAAAGCAAGCCGAAACCGCUACACAGCCCCUUAACCCCAUUGAUAUUCAAAUAGACAUCGGCGAAUUAGAAUUUCAUAUGGCUAAAUUCCGUGGGAGCAAUGAUUUCACUUCCGCGAAGAGCCACUUUACGCAUUGCUGGGAAAAGGCAAAGUCGACCCUGGGCGAAGAGCAUCCAACAUCAAUUCGUGCUCUAGAUUAUCUUAUAGAGUCAAUGCUCAAUCUAGACGAAUACAAUACAGCGGAGUACCUAAGCAGAGAAAUGGUCACUCUUCUGAUCAGGACAAAAGGACCAGACCAUACGUCUACAAUUCCUAGCAAAAUAGAACUCGCAUAUUGCCUCAGAAGGCUUUUCCGAUUCGACGAAUCAAUCUCCCUGGUACAAGGCGUUAUCAGCUCCUGCAGACGCAACGGAUACCAUUCCUUGCUCUACGAAGCCUUGUACCAUCUGGCCCAUGUUUACCUAGACAAGGGCGACACAGCACAAGGUGAAACGGCAUUUCAGGAGUUUAUCAAGGCAAAGGGCAAUGUUUUGGGCCAUACUCACGAGCAGAUCAUCAAUGAUGUUUAUGACUUCGCCAUCAUCUUGAGCCGCACAUACUGUUAUCAUGAGGAAGCUUCCAGAGCAGCGCAACGAUUCUUCAAGCUUACGGACGCUUUAUCGCGGAGUGGGGAGCCUCUUUCGCGGAAGACCCGAUCCCAGCAAGAGGAGAUGAGGCUGCUGUUGGCGAAUCCCCAACGCACGUCUGGCAACGAGAACAGUCGACCCCAGCCGUCUUCGACUUACGGAGGUGCGACAUCCCACCACAAUAGUCCUCCCAUACGUCUCAAACCGUCACCGUCUUAUUAUCCAGACAGCCCUAUGCCUAGCACUACUCCUCCCAUACGUCUGAAACCGUCUCCUGCUUACGGGCCACCAUCCCCUCCGUCCAUCUACAAUACUCUCAAUCACCGCAGUCCUGCAUUCAUCGGCCGUGAUGGUGUUGUUUUAGGCGCCGGUGAUGAAACUUACGACCAAUGGAGGCAGUCGAAUACCACCCAGCCCAAAGAGAAGAAGACGAGAUUGAGCAAACUAAGGGAUCUUUUCUCGUGA